AUGAGAUUCUUCAAUUUCAAGUCAUCUACAAAGGCCAAUGAGCCCGACGCCAACGUACCCGUGGAAACAAACAACCCUCCAACCCUUGAUAUUCACCGCACACCGUCUCCUUUACCAGGCCUGAAUUCGAAACCAUCCAGCGAGAAAGAAAGUACUCUAGUCGAUGGGUCGAUCCGAAAUUCAACAUAUAAUAAUGAUUCCGAAAAAGAACUAGUCGCUCCGAGUCCAGCUCCGACACCAGAGCCAAUGCUACAACAAAACAAGGAUUCUACCGCGGAUGAAGAGGGCUCUAAAAAGGAGGCUCCUAAGGAAGAGCUUGCAGAUGGGGAUUCAGACAAAGAAGUAGUAACCGAAGGGAAGGAUGAAACCGAUAAACCAGAGGAAGACGAAGAGGAGUAUCCGUCUUCUUGGAGAUUGACUCUGAUCACUAUCGGUCUUUGCUUUUGUGUAUUCUGCUUGGCAUUGGACAACACAAUUAUCGCAACAGCCAUCCCCAAAAUCACUGAUGAAUUCAAUUCCCUCGAAGAUGUCGGCUGGUACGGUAGUUCAUAUCUAUUGACUACCUGCGCGGUGACCUUGACUUAUGGCAAACUGUAUACCUUCUACUCGGUCAAAUGGAUAUAUCUGGUUGCACUGAUCAUCUUCGAGGUUGGCUCUCUUGUCUGUGCCACGACUCCCACUUCGGUCGGUCUCAUCUGUGGCCGUGCCGUUGCUGGCUUGGGAGCUGCGGGCUUGUUCUCCGGUUCUGUCCUCAUUAUCAGCAAGACUGUUCCUCUUGUGAAACGACCCAUUUAUACCAGUCUGAUCGGAUCGAUGUUUGGUAUUGCGAAUGUUGCGGGUCCGCUUAUGGGUGGUGCAUUCACUGACAAUCUGACCUGGCGCUGGUGCUUCUACAUUAAUCUGCCCAUUGGAGCUGUCACGUUUAUCUUUGUGCUGUUCUUCUUCCAGAACCCCAAGCCGAUUCUGACCAAAAAUACCUUGAAGGAGAAGGUCAAGGAACUGGAUCUGCUUGGUUCCCUCUUCUUCUUACCUGCUAUUAUCAGUCUUCUCUUGGCUCUGCAAUGGGGUGGCACGAAGUAUGACUGGAGCAAUGGCCGCAUCAUCGGUCUCUUCGUCGUGUUUGGUGUGCUUAUCCUGAUGUUCAUGGCCCUUCAGUACAGGGCUCAAGACCAAGCUACUAUUCCUCCUCGGCUGAUGAAGAACCGUAACGUCUGGGGUGCGGCGUGGUAUUCCUUGGCUCUUGGUGCAGCCUUUUUUGUCAUGACAUUCUAUCUCCCCAUCUGGUUCCAAUCUAUCAAAAACGCAACAGCCCUCAAGUCAGGCAUCAUGAAUCUGCCCAUGAUUAUCGGAGUCAUUAUCUUCUCCAUCCUGGCUGGUGGUCUCGUCACUGCCUGCGGAUACUACACACCGUUCAUGAUCGUCUCGUCAAUCCUCAUGUCCAUCGCCGCCGGGCUUCUAGCCACUCUGCAGACAGACUCGAACCACUCUAAGUGGAUUGGUUAUCAGGCCUUGUUUGGUAUUGCCAUUGGUCUGGGCAUGCAACAGCCCAUGAUUGUUGCCCAGGCUGCCCUGAAGACCGUCGAUGUUCCCAGCGGUAUGGCUAUUGUCAUGUUCGCGCAGACUCUUGGUGGUGCCAUUUUUGUCUCGGUUGGACAGAACGUGUUCCAGAAUCAGUUGGUUCAGAACUUGAAGAUUUACGCCCCGGAUGCGGAUGCCGCAAAGCUCAUUUCGGCCGGUGCUACUAUGCUGCGCUCUGUUGUGUCUGGACCUGAACUUCACAAGGUGCUUGUUGCUUACAAUGCUGCCAUCACUCAGACAUUCUAUGUCGCUGUCGCGAUGAGCGCAUUGUCCCUGGUCGGUCCUAUAUUUGUCGAGUGGAUCUCGGUCAAGGGCAAGAAAGUAGAGAUGGGUGCCGCCUGA